AUGGCAAGGCACACUCAUGUGGCAAAACUUCCGUACCCUAUUAACCAGGAGGAGAUCAGAGCCUUGUUAAAGUACGCUGGGGCUCGUGGAGGACUCAUCAAGGAUUUCGCCGGAAGAGCCCAGAUCUUGACGAAGCUUCCCCAGGAUGACGUAAAGUUUAAAUUUUCUGAUGUCUGCAAGGCCGCGUUCCCAUUUCUGAAAGAUCGAUUGAUGAGUUAUUCUAUAAUACGCGGCCAUGACUGGAAUCACUCCUUUGAGGCGCAAAGGAACUAUGAUGUGACCAAAAAAGAGAUGCUAUCAUUAGUCUUCGCAUUUGAGAAGUUCAGACAACACCUACGAGGUUCCAAAGUGAUGGUGUAUACAAACCAUGCGGCCAUCAAAUACCUAUCGUCGAAGAGGAGAUCAAACCCGUAUUUGAUCAGAUGGUUACUCCUUCUACAGGAGUUUGAGUGGGAAGCAGUUGAUAGGAGAAGAUGUGAAAACAUAGAGGCGGGUCACCUACGCCAAAUUCUGCAAAAAGAAAAUACGAAAGCCAUUCCAAACCACUUCCCUAAAAGGCACAUGCAUCUGAUCAAGUCGAAGUCUGAAGAAUAG